UUAGGCUAACUGAAUUUGAGUUUCUUGCAGAUUUUCACAUCAGAUUAACAGAUUUUCAGUGAUCAAAAGCUUAGUUCUAAAAUACAACAUUCCUGGAGGUAGCCUCAAAUCUAUCUCUAGUUCUCCAGCAUGCCUUUUUGAAUUUGUGGUGUGUGAGGUUGGGGGCUGCUGACCACUAUCUUCAAGGCUGCAGAUGAGAGCGACUUCUCUUUGAUGAUUUUCAAGAAAGCCGUGCUGUGAAGUGGCAAAGUCUCCAGGAAGCAAGAUGCCAUUGCCUCUGGGGAAACUGGUCCUUCUUUCCAGUGUGGUGGCCAGUGGGAGCUGCACCCUUAUAUAUUACCUUAUACGAAAAGCUUUUUCCAGGGCUUCCUAUUACUAGCUAGCAUUGGAGCAGCUGCACAGCUACCCCGAGGCCCUGGCGGCUCUGGGCCCUCCGCUUGUCCAUUAGCUCCACCUCACCAAGUACAGCUUCGUGGACAUUGCCAAUGCCCAGUUGAAGAUUCCAGUCUCUGGAACCAAGUUAGAGGGCCAUAACUAUGUCAGCUCAUCCAGAGAUGCCCCCUUUCAGAGGUAUUAUGGGAAGGUGGCACCUUCAGAAGGUCUUAAAGCGCAAGGGUGGUCAGCAGAUUCCCGUGUUUAAGCUCAGCAGGGACACUGGUGAUGGAGGAGGACAGGUGAUCAGAACGACUCUGCUUUCUCCAAGAGUGGCCUCCCCUCCUCACCGGGUCCCUCCAGGGCCUUGAGCCGGGUGUCCAGCACCAGGGGUGACUGUAUGUGCUGGCAUGUGGUAAUUUUGGUAUAAUGUUAAUUUGACCACGGUUAUUGCGGGUUUUUAAUUUAAUCAAAAAUGGACAUUUUACUAUAAGUUUAUAAGAA